CGAAGUGGGGGCGGCGCAAGCAGGCAGGAAGGCGCUGGCUCUGUGGUUGCUGACUCCGGCACGAUAGCCCCAGCCUGCCGGACCCUGCUCGGGGCCACGUGGAGGGAUGGGUGCCCACCUGCUGCUCGCCGCUGCCCUGCUGCUGUUGCGGACCCCGGAGACAGAGGCCCUGAUGGAGCCGGAGCUUUGCUACAUCCUGGACGCCAUCCUCUUCCUCUAUGGCAUCGUUCUCACCGUCCUUUAUUGCCGCCUCAAGUUCCUGGCUCAUCGAGCGUCACGGCAGGGAGCUGUCAAGGAGAAGGAAGAAGCCAUCUACACCGGGCUCAGCGGUGAGGGCCAGGAGACGUACGAAACGCUCCAGAUCAAACACUCCUGACCCCGUCCUGCUGCUGUGCCGCAGCCGCCCCUUGUCCUCCUGUCCAUCCCCAGCAGCUGGGGACCCCACAUGGCCCCCCUGGUCCCCCCUCCUGGGACUGUGAUGGAGAACUGGAGCUUUCGCCCCUGGAAGUGGCUGGUUUUGGUGCCAAACUGCCUUCGGCCAGGCAAAGACGCAGCCUGAAUGCCACCACGGUGCCGGGACCCCCUGAGCCUGGGGAGGCUGGAGCUGCCUGGGCUGCAUGGU